AAAAAAUUGGCUCCGUCAGGGAUCAAAAGAAUUUGAUUUUUACCUUUGAUAUGGGUAUCGAGUUUUUGAAUAUAUUCUCGCUGGUGGAGUCCUCUCUAAAAAUUAUCGUCAUUAAAUUUGAUAAUGACAUUUUGUGACCACGCCCAGAUUUUUUUGUUGAUGAUUUUGCAAAUAUAAGAUAUGAUAUUUUAUAUAGUAUAGCAGGAGGAAAGUGAGGAUGAUCUGUUUUUCAUGUUGCUUGUCAUCGGAGGACAAGAUUCAGACUACAAAUUCUUUGAAAAAAAGCAUUCAAGACACCAAAUCUAUAUCGUCAUUCGCCAAUAUUUCUAUUAAAACUGAUAGCAGCAGAAGGAGAUACAUAGUUGAAGAAAUAGAAAAAUAUGGAAAAGGAAACAUUUCAGCUCAGACAUUCACAUUCAAUGACUUAGCUCUUGCCACUAAAAACUUCGAUUCUGAAUGUUUGCUUGGUGAAGGUGGUUUUGGAAAAGUAUACAAGGGCCACAUUGAAAGAAAGAAUAUAGAUGUUGCUGUAAAGCAACUUGAUAGGAAUGGCUUCCAAGGAAAUAGAGAGUUCCUUGUGGAGGUUCUGUUGUUGAGCCUUCUUCAUCACCCUAACCUUGUUACUUUGGAAGGAUUCUGCUCUGACGGCGACCAGCGAAUAUUAGUCUAUGAAUUCAUGUCAAAUGGUUCACUAGAAGAUCACCUUCUUGAGCUUACUCCAGAAAAAAGGCCACUUGAUUGGAUUACAAGGAUGAGAAUUGCGGAAGGAGCAGCCAGAGGACUUGAAUACUUGCACGAAACAGCUAAUCCUUCAGUAAUUUACCGCGAUUUUAAAGCAUCCAAUAUACUUUUAGAUGAGAACUUCAAUCCCAAGCUUUCUGAUUUUGGACUAGCCAAGUUAGGUCCGACUGGUGAGAAGACUCAUGUUUCCACCAGGGUUAUGGGAACAUAUGGUUAUUGUGCACCUGAGUAUGCUUCCACAGGUCAAUUGACAACAAAGUCUGAUGUUUACAGCUUUGGAGUUGUCUUUUUGGAAAUAAUCACAGGAAGAAGAGUUAUUGACAGCUCUAGGCCGAGUGAAGAACAGAACCUUGUCGUCUGGGCAAUACCACUAUUCAGAGACAAGAAGAAGUUUCACUUAAUGGCAGAUCCAUUGCUAGGAGGGGAUUAUCCAAUGAAGGCAAUGUACCAAGCUCUAGCAAUUGCAGCAAUGUGCCUGCAAGAGGAAGCCAGUACGCGGCCUCUGAUGAGCGACGUGGUAACUGCUUUGGAGUUUCUAUCCGGUAACAAGACAGAUUUAGAAGCAGAGGGGGGAGAAGAAGAGGUUGCAGAAGAUGAUCACACAUUCAAAUCCCCACCUGCAUUGCAAAGUUUUACGAGUAGACUUGAACGUGCUGAGAGUAAUGAUACCAAUGCCAAUAGGGAAAGAGACUAGUACCUUCUGUGUAUAUCCAAAAACAACUUUUUCUUGCUAAGUCUUUUUUUGCAGAUUUUGUAUAUUAUUGGAGGGCUCCCACCUGCAGUAUAAAGCUUUAAAUGUCGAAAUUACUGAAAGAAUGAAGCCAAUGGUG